AUGGCUAUCAUGCGCGCUCGGCGUCACUUAACCUCCUCCUCUUUGGCUCCACCUCCGUCUCCGAUCCCCACCGCCAAAGGAUCCCGAUCAUCCGCCGUCGACGAUCAGAUCCUUUCCGAAUAUCUCCAUAAAUCGCUGCGAAUCCCUGACCUGACGCUGCCGGAAUCUCACUUUGCGGCUAGUACUCAUCGUUCGAUACCGGAAGAUAUUGAUUAUGGAUCGGUAAAGACGAGAGAUGGAGACUCGAUCCGUCGGAUUUUGAGAUCAGCUAAGGCAUGCGGCGUGUUUCGGAUUAAUGAACUCGGAGUUUCGGCGGAUCAGUUGCAGUCCAUUGUGGCUGAAGCUGAAUCGGUUUUCCGAGUUUCGGAGGAAGUGAAAACGAAAUUUGGCAGAAAUUACGAUGAAGUGACCGGUAACAAGGAGGAGUUUGUAUGGCUUCGUUCUGAGGAAGAAAUGGUGGAGUGGGCGGAGGAAGCUAUCGGUUGCGAAAUAUAUCAGAGCUUCAGCAAGAAGAUGGAGAGAAUUGCAAGUAAACUCCAUGAGCUUGGAGAAGAACUGGGUCUGGUUUUCUCAGAAAACAGAGGUUGGCGAGCCCAGAGGAGAAUUGGAGAGACGGAGCCAGUUCUCAGCUUGUAUAGAUACAAUCAUGAUAGUCUCAUGGACGACAUUUCACCUUUACCCAGUGAAAGAAACUCCGAAUCAGGCUAUCAUGCCCUGACCCUCCACCUGCCCAUCCAGCACUGUGAAUUUCGUAUACAAUCACACCAAGGUCCGUUAUCUUUCCACGCAAGUCCCGGCUCAAUAGUAGCUACCAUUGGAGAACAGCUCGAGGAGUGGAGCCAAGGAGAGUUCAAAUCUGUUUCUGGCGAAUUCAUUUUUGACUCAGAGCUCCAUGGACGCCAAGCCUCUCUCUCUAUAGUGCUCAAGUGUUCACCAUUAAACUUAAAUCAUGGUCAUAACAAAAUUAAUAAGGUAAUCUCCAUAGUUGACCAGUUCUUAAUUGCAUUCAUUUUUAUUAUACUAUACAAAGUUGUCAUGUUCUUAUUUUCGUGAUUUAUAGAAAGAUAGGUAUGCUGUGAAUAUAUCUUGCACUAUUUGUGGUGAUGCUGAUUUGAUUGUCAAGGUUUUCAAGGGUUUGUGUUUUUUUUUUUUCUUUUUUUGGAGAUUUAUUUGAUGUAAAUUUUGGGUUCUGGGAUUUGUACAAGUGUGGAUUUGAAAACUAGGUUGGCUAUACACAAAUUUGUUGUAUCAAUAAUGAUAAUAAUAGAAAGAAAAAAAAAAAGCAUCUUCUAUCGUUUGAUAUGAAUAAA